GCUUGCCGUCCGCGCGAGAGCGCGCGCCGCGGACUUCCCGCCAAAUCGCCCUCCUCCGCCAGCUGUCCCUCCCCCAGGAAAAGAGAAUGAAGACUCCACUCCUGCUGACAGUGCUGCUGUCCUUACUAGCAGCAAAACUGUGCCAUGCUUACUGUAUCGAGUCUCAGGAGCAGCAGAUGCCCAGCGGAAUGCAAACAAAGAAGAGCUCAGACUUCUAUAAGACUCCUCCAUCUUUGCUCCGGCGAUUGUAUGAUGGCCAAGGGAUUUCCUAUGAGGCACUGCUCAGACUGUCAGGCAAAGAGGAAGUCAAUCCUCAGGCACUUGCCUCUUCCCAGAAACGAGACAUGCAUGAUUUCUUUGUUGGACUCAUGGGGAAAAGGACCACAGAGCCUGAUAAUCCCACAGACGUCAAUAAGGGAACACUCACUGGUUUUGGCGACCUAAAGUAUUCAUUGAAUGCAGAAUGAGGUAUCCAUGUAGGAGUGUGGACAAUCACAAUGUCUGCAGGACCUCAAGAAACCAACACAAAGCUGAUUUCAUCCACCAAAGCCCAGCACACUCUCAACCAAACCAGAACCCUUCAAUGUACUAUGGAGACCUCAUAUUGUCCUGUGCCUCCUUGUUGCCACGUUCUUUUCCUUGAUUCUGCCCUUUAUUCCAGCCUUUUUCCUCGCUGUAACUCUUUAGUGUUCACUGUUUGGAGAUUUUGAAAGUAGCCCUUCCCCAUGGUGCUUUGUCCCUCUGUGCACAUAUUUACCUGAUCUGCAGAAAACUCCUAUGCCACAAGCAAAAUCACCCUCACUGCCCACCCUUUUGUGGCACAGAUUAAGAACACCUCAAAGUCUUCUAUAAUUACAGGGUUUUUACUUAUGACCUGCCA